AUGGGCUGUCUACCACAAUUUAAUCAUACAAAACUUUUAAAAUUUUUAUUUCAAGAUUAUUUUAUAAACUCACAAAUGCGAGAAAAAGCUAGGCUACUUAAAAUAGAAGAAGAAGAAGAAAAAUUAAAAAAAGAAAAAGAAGGGCAGUGUGGGCCUGAACAAGUCAGAUGCCCUGAAACAGCUCCAAAUCGUUGUAUUCAUUAUAACUCAAUAUGUGAUAAUAAGGAUGACUGUGGGGAUGGGUUUGAUGAAAGCAAUUGUAGAAAUGGUGGUGGUGAAAGCAGGGAUGAAGAGAAAGUAAUUACAAUACGUCCGGAAAAUGUGAUAAAUGGCUAUUGUGCUCCAGGUGAAUUCCAAUGUCGUGAAGGUGGUUGUAUCCCAGCUUCUAGUCAUUGUGACCAAAAAUAUGACUGUGAAGAUGGGUCGGAUGAAAUGGAAUGUAGUUAUUUUCGAGAAGCUGAGGAGAGACGAAGAAAAGAAGAAGAAGAGCAAAGACGAAGGAAAGAACAAGAAGACGAGCAAAAACGAAGGCAGGAACAAGAAGACGAGCGGAAACGAUUAGAAGAACAUCAAGCACAAAUACAGCGUCAAAGGGCAGAGCAAGAGAAAAAUCGAAGAAUUGAAGAUUGCAGGCGUAGAGGGGGAUAUUUAUGCCCAGACACGGAUAGAUGUAUUGAAAGGGCAUAUGUAUGUAAUGGACGUUCUGACUGUCCCAAUGGUGAUGAUGAGAAAAACUGUCCUGUAUCGGAAGAAGUACCGGGUGGGUUUUUAAUUUUUAUUUGA